GAUGGCGUCAAUGGAACGUCGCGCGAGAGACUUCGGACGCCGAACUUCGCUUCAAAACAAACGCUGCUCCCGUUACACUAGCGUCGAUACUUGCUGAGUGAAAAACGCGAAAAUGGCAUCGGGUUAAGGAUUAAUAUUGUUUUUUAAACCCUUUGGAUACAUUACACAGCUAUUCUCUUAAAUCUAGAUAUCUUUUUGAAUAUAGACAUCCCUGGAUUUUGAUAAUGAGCUCAGGUCUUCUGCGCGCAGUGACACGGGCUGCUAGCGGGGAUGCUAACCGGCUAACUAGCUAAAAAGCUAGCCUGAAGGGGAUUUCUCCUGCGUGUGGAUGGAAACGCGCCGGGAGUAGAUCAGUUUGAAACGCCGAGACGGAUUGUUCCUGUUCGCCAUGUACUUCCUGACGGGCUGGCCUCGGAGGCUGCUGUGCCCGCUGCAGAGCGCUGAGGAGCCGUUCCACAUCCAGCCCAGCUCGCAGCGCUUUUACUUCGCCGUGCUGUCGGACACACAGCUCAGCAUCUGGUUCAGCAGGCCGAGUGUCCUGAUAGUGAGUUAUAUCGAAUCGGAGAAGGCGGCUGCUCAGUUUGGUUUCUAUCAGCAGGCCGAAUGGAAGCCAGACGAUUCCAUGAUAGCUGUGGCGGCUGCUAAUGGAUACGUGCUGCUGUUUGACAUCAUCGGAGGUGGAGAUGAGAAAUAUCUGUACGAGCCCAUCUAUCCAAAGGGUAGUGUUCGUAUGAAGGUUACUCCUGGGUAUAAAGAGGAACAAUGUGCUCCUGCUCUCAGUGUGGAAAUGAAGAAACCAGUCGACCUGGAGGCUCCUAUUACCAGUCUUCAGUCACUGCAGGAGGAUUUGUUGGUGUGUACGGCCGAUGGUUAUCUGCACAUGCUCCACUGGGACGGAGUCUGUAACGGCCGGAGAGCCGUAAACCUCAGCACCAUUCCUUUCUCUCUGGACCUGCAGUCCUCACGCGGUGGUCCAUGUUUGGAUCUGAAUGGCGUCUACAUUAGAGAAAUGGAGUAUUGUAUGACGUUGGAUGGUUUUGCCGCCGUGCUUGAUGACGGAAGACUCGGAUUCAUCACACCAACAGCCAACAGGUUCUCCACCGAGCAGUUGCAGGGAGUUUGGGCAGCAGAUGUGACGGACGGCACAUGUGUAGCAGUGAAUAACAAAUACAGACUCAUGGCUUUCGGUUGUGCGAGUGGCUCGGUGUUGGUCUACAUGAUAGACAACACUACAGGAUCGAUGCAGCUGUCACACAAAUUGGAGUUGAGCCCCAAACACUACCCAGAUAUCCAUAAUAAAACUGGUCCAGUUAAGCUAAUCCGUUGGUCUCCGGACUGCAGCGUCGUCAUGGUGACCUGGGCAUGUGGAGGUCUCUCUUUGUGGAGUGUGUUUGGAGCUCAUCUCGUCUGCACACUCGGAGAAGACUUCACGUACCGAUCAGACGGCACUAAGAAGGAGCCACUAAAGAUCAGCUCUAUGAGCUGGGGAGCAGAGGGUUACCACCUGUGGGUGAUUGGCAGUACAGAUGCAGGCACGGAGCAGUCUCAACAGUUAAGCCAGGCCUCCAUUCUGCAGUUUCAAUUCAUUAAGAGCGCACUCACAGUCAAUCCCUGUACGAGUAAUCAGGAGCAGGUGCUUCUCCACGGGGAGGAUCGGCUGCUGAUGACGUGUGGAGAUGCUGCGGUUCAGAUACACAACCAGGACCAACACUCAGCUCGAAGCACAACACACACACAGCUCAGCACUUUACUGGGACACAAACACUGGCAUGUGGUGCAGAUUUACAGCACAUACCUAGAAACUAACUGGCCAAUACGGUUUGCAGCCAUAGACUCAGCAGGUCAGUGUUUGGUGGUUGCGGGGAGACGCGGAUUUGCACAUUACUCAUUAUAUACCAGGAAAUGGAAACUGUUUGGAAACAUUACACAGGAACAGAGCAUGACUGUGACCGGCGGCCUCACCUGGUGGAAUGACUUUGUCGUCGUUGCCUGUUACAAUUUCAUCGACCAGCAGGAGGAGCUGAGAUUAUAUCUCCGGUCCUCGAACCUUGACAACGCUUUUGCAAGUGUGACAAAGCUGCAUGCUGAAACUUUGCUGCUCAACGUGUUCAGAAACACAAUCAUUAUAUUUCGCACUGACUGUUCCAUCUGCCUUUAUAGCAUCGAAAAGAAGCAAGAUGGCACUUCAGUGUGUGUAGAUGUCCUACAGGAAGUGUCGAUGUCACGUUACAUUCCUCAUCCUGCGCUGGUGGUUUCAGUCACACUCACUUCAGUCAGAACAGAGACGGGAAUGUCACUGAAGACCACACAGCAGGCAUGUAAUGCAGAAAGUAUUCUGUUGAAUUUGGCUGGUCAGCUUAUUAUGCUGCAGAGAGAUCGGUCUUGCCCACAGGUACGAGACAAGGACACAUCAACCAGUCAGAAAACAUUGUUGCCUUUCUCUCCACCGGUGGUUCUGGCUCAGUGUGUGGAGAGCGUGUGGGCAUCGAGUCACUCUGGUUCUAAGAAGCGCCACCUAGUGGAGGCUCUGUGGCUCUCAUGCGGCGAGUCAGGGAUGAAGGUGUGGCUCCCUCUGUUCCCACGCCGCGAGAACCGCAAACCGCACUCGUUUCUCUCGCGCCGCAUCAUGCUCUCAUUCCUCCUCGACAUCUACCCGCUCGCUGUGCUGUCGGAGGACGCACUCGUUUUGGGCGCUGCUAACGAUACCCUUCUCUACGACUCAUCUUUUUCCUCCAAAGAUGCCCUCGGAGGAAAUUCAUCCUCUUUAGAAAGCAUUGGAGGAGACUCUUCCACCAAAGAAAGCCUUUCUCGCAGGCCCUCUACGUUUUCUCUGUCCCGAGAGCCCCCCGAGUCGUUCUUUCCGUUCUGUUUGGUGGAAAGGACAUCUCAGAUCUACCUCCACCACCUCCUCCGCCAGCUGCUGGUGAGAAAUUUGGGUGAGCAGGCUUUGCUGUUGGCUCAGUCAUGCUCAUCGCUGCCUUAUUUCUCGCACGUGCUGGAGCUGAUGGUUCACGUGGUGCUGGAGGAAGAGGCCACGUCUCGCGAGCCCAUCCCCGACCCGCUGCUGCCCACUGUGGCCAAGUUCCUGGCCGAGUUCCCUCUGUUCCUGCGCACCAUCGUCCACUGUGCCCGCAAGACAGAGUUUAACCUCUGGAACUACCUGUUUGCUGCCGUCGGGAAUCCAAAAGAUCUCUUUGAGGAGUGCAUCAUGGCCCAGGAUCUGGACACAGCAGCUUCAUAUCUCAUCAUACUCCAGAACAUGGAGGCUCCAGCAGUGAGUCGUCAGCACGCUACUCUCCUCUUCAACACCGCACUCGAGCAAGGAAAAUGGGAUCUCUGUCGUCACAUGAUCCGAUUCCUCAAGGCUAUUGGGUCUGGCGAGAGUGAAACUCCACCCACUACUCCAACCAGUCAGGAGCCGAGCUCUUCCGGAGGUUUUGAGUUUUUCCGCCAUCGCAGCAUCAGUCUGUCUCAGACAGCAGAAACUGUUUCUACAGGAAAAUUUAAUUUACAGAAAACAUUCAGCAUGCCUUCAGGACACUCCACCAAAGGUAAGGAGAGCGACAGUGCUGAGAACAUGUACAUCGACAUGAUGUUGUGGCGUCAUGCUCGACAUCUACUGGAGCAGAUUCGCCUGAAAGACCUCGGCUGUUUCUCUGCGCAGCUGGGCUUCGAGCUGAUUGGCUGGCUGACCCGUGAGCGUACACGGGUCGCUCGUAUCGUUGACUUUGUCUCUGCCCUUAAAUGCCUUCAUAACGAUUUCCUGUGGCCUUUUCCUGUUCUCCCGGCUGGCUCACCCCUUAAAAAUGGACGCUGUCGAGCAGUCCUGAGCACACGUCUGCUGAAGUCGCGCUCUAACGAUAGUUUACUGAACAGCGACAUGGACACGGCACCGCCUCAGAUCACUACUAAUCACAACUGGUUGGACGGUCUGGGGGCGGAGCCUAAAGAGACCGACUCGGCCUCUUCCCACGGGGCUCCGCAAACCCAAGAAGCAUUUCUGUCUCCCCUCAUCAAUAAAACGGAGGAGUGCAGUAUCGGCUCAGCCACAGAUCUGACCGAGACGAGCUCCAUGGUGGAUGGUGACUGGACGAUGGUGGACGAGAACUUCUCCACCCUGAGCCUCAGCCAGUCACAGCUGGAGCACAUCUCCAUGGAGCUGGCCAAUAAGGGUCCUCACAAGUCCCAGGUGCAGCUAAGGUAUUUGCUACAUGUGUUUUUAGAGGCAGGAUGUCUGGAAUGGAGCGUUGUCAUUGGCCUGAUUCUGCGCGAUGUCGGCGUCAUCAAGCAAGUUGUGGGAUUUUUAGAUGCCGCGGAUACAGACACGGUUCAGAGUGUACAAGCUGGACUCGUCGCUAUUGACCAGUGGGCUUCGUCUGAUUGUCUUGGUUACAAGCCCUUCCUGAACCUCAUCGCUCCCGAGCUGCAGAAGCUGUGCGACGUCUCAAUGGAUCAGAUUUCACUCGACUCGUUCCAGCCGUCUCUCUCCAAGAUGGCCGACCCCGUUCUGCCCCGAGCGGAGGAGCACCGCGGCGUCCCGGCCUUUCCCCUCCCCAUGAAUCUUGAGAUCCCCGCCGGCUCCGCCCCUCGCGUUAUGGAAGACAAACAUAAGGCGGAAUCAGAGGACGAGGCAGCUGAGGAAGGCACUUACGACUGCACACUCUCGUGAUUUCAGAGAAGAGAAUCAGCAGGGUCUGGAUUCCUCCGAGUUCUGUCCGAAAGCACCAUUUUUUUUAUUAUUAUUAUUAUUAUGCUUCACUAAGCCAUGCAGCAUCUUUAAAGAGGGCACACAGUGCAUUAUGGGUCAUGGCAGUAAGCGCAGGAAAAAGGCAGGAACCAUGUCUGGGUUUCAGUUGCACAUAAUUAAGUGGAUGUGGGCACUACAGGGAGGAUGGUUUCAUAAUGAGGAGGCUCUUUCCCCCCCCCCCCCCCCCC